GGGUGCAGGAGCAGUGAGACGAGCCAGAGAGAGCUAGACAAUAGGCCGUGGCAAUUGGGCUUCAGCGAUGAAGUAAUGACCAAUCUGGUGGACGUUUUGACCGAACGCGUUCGUGACAGAGUGUGUCUCUCUUGGGACGUGCCAUUUGCAUGUGAUUGUGGGAAGGAAAUGAGAAGCGUACAUCUUGAGAACUCUCACUUUCUUGCCUGUGUCCGCAUAGCUGCACGUGUCUGCGUGUAAUUCAUGGCCAUCCAUGGAUUCCCGGCCAUCAACGUUGAGUGAGCUUCAUGUCUCUUGACACUACACACGAUAUACAGGCAAAUCCAAGGACAAUCGUACAUCUCUGUCCUUAGCGCAAACAACGCAAAAUCCGUAGCCCUCUAUGCAAACGUGCCAGUCGAAUGCAUUGGCAGCAUUGCCCGUAAACACUAAGGAUCCUCUCCCGCUCAGAAGCAAAAUCAAAAACGCCUACUCAUUUCCUUCCCGACCCCUAUUCCACAGCAGCUUGGCUGCUCUCCUCUCUGGCCUGCCACGGCCACCUCCACGAGCACGGAAAACACCAGCAGCAUCGCCUCUCUUUCACCUUCUGCUCCUUGGGCUGCUGGCUGUCUGCCUGUGUGGCUCUGCUCGCUCUUCUUCCGGCCCGCUGCCUGUGGAACUCCUCCUCUUCAUCGGACAAAAGGAGGGACGAGAUGGGAUCGAAGGCGGCCUGGCGGAACAAUACACCAAGCAGAUGCACGCCUUUCACGAAAAGACAUCAUAUCCGACUCGCCUCACUGACCGCGUCUGGGCGAAUGGCGCAUGGCUUGGGCAGGGCAGCGCGCUGCCACGUACACAAGUAUACAGACAGAUACAUCGUCACAUACGCAUCCUCUCCUCGCUCUUUUGCUGUCCUUACCUGUGAUUGCUGGGGGCCGGGCGGGCUGGUGGGCUUGUCUUGCAUCAGGUGAGCAUUCUUGUAGACGCUGACACAAAGACCCGCACAAAUCAAUGGACACGUGCCUGAUUAUGUGUUCGUCUUCCAUCGACCAUACCCUCUGGACUGGCUCCUCAAUUGUUUGAGAUCUCGACGCGCUCGGCCCACCAUCCCAUCAGCUGAUGAGCGAGGGCGCACUGGAAUCCCUGAAGAUGAUGUAGUAGACCGCGGCGAAAGGGAUGUUGACGUAUACGCUUGCACAUUGGCGCGCUGCUGAUCACGACAUGGAUGCAAGGUCGCAUUCAGAGGCGGUCUGUGUGUCUACCCCUACCCCUCUCCUCACUGACCUUGCUGUUCAUGGUCUCCUUGACUUCGUUGUCCUCUGCCGUGUCAUUGAGCCGUUGCUGUUGCUGCAUGUGCAGGCAGAGAGGACAAUCAUCUCUGUGUGUCUACCCCUACCCCUCUCCUCACUGACCUUGCUGUUCAUGGUCUCCUUGACUUCGUUGUCCUCUGCCGUGUCAUUGAGCCGUUGCUGUUGCUGCAUGUGCAGGCAGAGAGGACAAUCAUCCGUCAAUACGCGCGCCUGUGGUGUGUGCGUGUGUGCAUACUUGUUCUUCCACUUGUCCGGUGGUGGCCUGGAUGAGGGCACCGAUGAGGGGCGGACCAGGCAUAUCGAGUCCUGCAUACACACAUACGCAUGAACACGAAUCCAGUCAUACAUAUGCUUUCUUUUGGCUGUCUGCCUGGCUGGAUGGCACCCCACCUGGGGACACGACAUCGAUGUCCUUCUCCGGCGCUCCUUGGUUGACCCUGUCAUCUUGCAGCACCUCAGUGCCUGUGACCUUAGUCUGCUCAUACACGCCAAGAAUGAUCUCUGUGCGCACCUCUUAUUUCGUUGCUCACUGACCUCCAUGGACUGCUGCUGGUGGUGGUCCUUGAGUGUCUUGAUGGCCGGCAGCAGGGGCAGCGGCUGGCUCGCGAGAGAUGGCGACGAGAGGGGACGCUGGCGGUCGGCCUCACUCUUUGCUUCCUCCGAGCCGAUGCCGGAGGACUCGGCAGAUGAGCCCAUUGAGCCCUCGCCGCCCCACAGGUCCUUUUGCUUCUGCAUCAUCUCUAUGCGGCGCUGUCCUCGCGCCGUCAUGGGCACUGCGUCCAACUCGUCUUGCCCCUGGGCUUCGGAGGGCAACGCGGCCAGCGAGCCAAAUGCGGUGGCGAGGGGGAGGUGGCCACCGGCUGUGUCGAUGCUGUCGAAGCCCGUGUGGCGGACGGCGCGGCUGAGAGGGGACACAUCGUCGGUUGAAACGGUGCGGCGGUGCUGCAGGUGGGGAUGGGCCGUGAGAGGGCGCGACGACGCCGAGGGCUCUGAAGAGGGGGAGGAAAAGGGAGAGGUAAAUGUGUGCGUCGAAUGUGUUGUAUCCUCACUGUCGUCAUCAUCGUCGGACUCCUCGAGUCCUUCGAGGGCCGAUGUGUGUGCACGCUGAUUAGAGAAAACCAGCAUACCCGACACACUCAUGUGACCCCCAAGCUGACGUCAAUCAAUCUAUGUCUGCCCUUUGCUUACUCGCAGGCAGAUAGAUGGCUUCCGCAGUAAGGAAGCUUGAAGUGGAUAUUUCAUCAUGUGCUGGAGACGGGCUGCACAUGCCAAAGCCAACCACAGACACACCACACAAGAAGAGAAGGGCGACGGAAGAGGAGAAACUACAUACGUGUAGCGAUGCUUACAGACUCGUCCCACGACUGAUUCCAGCUGCAUGGCCAUCUCACAGUUGUAAGCGCCUGCCUUGGACACAUUCAGCUGCUUCUGCAUGCUCUUGUCGAUUUCAUUGCUGAGGCGCCGCACUCGCUGCUUGUCGUUGGUCAUCUCCACCGACAAUUCAUCGGCAAGGCCUGACAGCAUAAUAGAUAUAAGACAAACCGUAUCUCUCCGUCGCUGCCCACCUUGGAGGGAGGCUACUGUUUCUAGCAUCUUGUCGAUGUCCUGAUCGCACACAACACACAUACACACAUACAUACGUCCAAGCGACGACGAGUGAUGGACAGGCUGUUAAAUACCAGUCGGCUGGUGUCGCAAGGCUCGUUAAGGUCCUUGCUUGACUGCUGUUCAGCCAGCAGAUUCUUCUGCACAGUCCAGAACAUCACGCUAAAGGACAGGCAAAGCGAAAGGGAAGUAGAGGAGAGCAGAGUGUGUGCCUGAUUGAUUCGUUUGGGUAUCCAUGUUCUCACCGGCGUUGCAUUGACCACGAUUCUUGAAAGCCUUGCGUGAAUGCCACCAGACGCCUGUGACAAGCUCUCAGGGCCUGCAAACAUCACGCCACAAUACAGACAAUACCACUUUGACACACACAUGGUUCUGCAUCUUGUGAUACCUGUGUUGUAAGUUCACUGUCCUCAUCCGAACGGGGCGUUAAGGGUGUAGGCGGAGAGCGGCCUGCGGGCGUUCGCGCCGCUGGUGUGCUCAAGAGGGAUGAAUGGUGACUUCGCUUGGCCCCUGCUGGCGUCAUCGAUGGCAGGCCUUCAGUCUUGCCACUUGCACUUAUCACCAUGUGACAAGCUGCAGAAAGAGAGACAGAAGGGGAGACGUUUGAAUGAUACAAGGUAUAUGACGCGCACACACGGAUUCACAUCACCCUGAAAAGCCCUCGUGGCCGCCUCGACCGCGCUCCAGUACUGCAACCACAAAUCGAUACAACAACCAAUAACAGACACAGUGACACACUGACUUUUGUCCAGACACUGCAUGGCUUUCUUUCUUUCUGCCUCUCACCUCAUUCAUGUGCAGAAGCUGCACCGACGACCUCUCCUUGCCCUCCCGCUCCAGGUUCUCCUUCUUGUCCUGGAGAACAGCCAGCGCGUCCUCGAGCUCGUGAUAGAGCUCGUCAACGGUCGUUGUCUUGUCCAGGCCCUGGGGCUCCGCCGGACUCCGAUCUGCUUCAUCAUCUCCCUGGUUGUUGUCGUCGUGGAUCUCCUGUGUGUGGCGGAGAGGCGGAGGAGUAGAGAAGCGGACGGACGUGCGCUUGGGGUGGGUGGCGGUGGUGGUGUUGAUGGCGGUGAUGGCGGUGAUGGUGGCGGGAGUGGGGGAGGGGAGCGAUGGCGGGGGCUCUUCGUCGACGUUGAUGUCUCUGAAGAGCUGAGGCGAGAGGGGUCGCCUGGCGAGAGGGGUCUCUGAAGAGCUUGGCGAGAAAGGAUCCAUCAUCCUUGAUGGACUGCAGCCGGCUCGAUGGGAGGGAAGGGAUAGCUGUCUGGAUGGGAAGAAACUGAAGAGAGAUGACGGGGUGGGGUCUCAGAAAGGCCGCCGCAGCACGUCUGUGACGUGGUGGACGCAAAGGAGAAGCCCG